AUGGCGCCCACGAAUCUCCCCGCCUCCAUGCACGCGACGUCUCAGGACAUCGAGCUGCUUCUAGCUGCUCAGUCCCAUCUCGGUUCCAAGAACUUGCAGGUUCACAUGGAGCCUUACCUCUGGAAGACUCGCGCCGACGGUGUCAAUGUCAUCAACAUUGGCAAGACCUGGGAGAAGAUUGUCUUGGCUGCUCGCAUCAUCGCCGCCGUUGACAACCCCGCCGACAUCUGUGUCAUCUCCGCCCGUCCCUACGGUCAGCGUGCCGUCCUCAAGUUCGCCGCUCACACUGGUGCCGUUGCCAUCGCCGGUCGAUUCACCCCCGGUUCUUUCACCAACUACAUCACCCGAUCUUUCAAGGAGCCCCGCCUGAUCGUUGUCACCGACCCCCGCACCGAUGCCCAAGCCAUCAAGGAGGCUUCCUACGUCAACAUCCCCGUCAUCGCCCUUUGCGACACUGACUCCCCCACCGAGUACGUCGAUGUUGCCAUCCCCACCAACAACAAGGGUCGCCACGCCAUUGGCUGUGUCUGGUGGAUGCUUGCCCGUGAGGUCCUGCGCAUCCGUGGUACCAUCGCCAGCCGUGACGUCCCCUGGGAUGUGAUGGUCGAUCUUUACUUCUACCGUGACCCUGAGGCCGAGGCCGAGGAGAAGGUUGAGGAAGAGAAGCUACCUGGUACUGAGGAGGUUGGUCCCGCUGCCAUCGAGACCGGCACCUUCGGCGCUGCCGCUGGCGAAUGGGAGACGGCGCCCGCUCCUGCUGGUUUCGCCGCUACCCAAGCCGGUGGCUGGGACGGCCAGACCGACGAGUGGGCCAACGCCACCGGCGCUCCCCCGGCCGGUGAGUGGGGUGCUACCACGGACGCCAAGGACAGCCAAUGGUAG